AUGAAUAAAGAUCGGGUUCAUUGGCCAAGGGGUGAUCUUCCAUAUCAGGAGGCCUUGAAGAAUUUCAUAGAUACCGUUUGUCAGAGACUUGGAAAUCCUUCUGAAUUCAGUUGUCCUUGUGUUGAUUGUAAGAAUCUCACUUUCCCACUUCCUCCGAAUGAAGUGCAUCUUCACUUGCUCAAACGAGGUUGGGAUCCUACAUACACUGAGUGGGUUUUUCACGGGGAGACUAUACACACUUCUACUGAUGUACACCAACAGGGAGCAACAAUGGGAUCAUAUCAUAUAGAUGCUGUUGUUGAAGCUGAUGCACAUAUCUAUCAGGGACAUGAACCUGUGCAAGAUGAGGGUUUGGAAAACCAUGUGGAAGAGGCGGACACACCGUUAUAUCCUAAUUGUAAAACACACACAAAGUUAUCCACCACUGUUGAAUUGUAUAGGCACAAGACAGUAAAUGGUUUAUCUAGGAAAUCUUUUGACGAACUUCUCAAGACAAUCGGUUCCUUGUUGCCGCCAGAUCAUUGCCUUCCUUGCUCAACAUAUGAAGUGAAAAAGCUGCUGAAAUCUUAUCAAUUGACUUACCAGAAAAUACAUGCUUGUAUUAAUGAUUGUUGUUUGUUUAGAAAAGAUUUGAAAGAUGCAGACGAGUGUCCUAAAUGUCAUUAUUCUAGGUGGAAGGCAGACACAUCUAACAUGGACGAUGCUGAAAUGAUAGACAAGCCGCAAAACAAGAUACCGGCGAAGGUGCUUAGGUACUUCCCCAUUGUGCCGAGAUUGAGAAGAUUGUUUCAAUCAGCAGCACUGCCUGAGCAGUUGAUAUGGCAUGCGACGAACAAGAGUAAGGAUGGGAAGAUGCGUCAUCCAACAGAUUCUUUGGCUUGGAAGCACAUAGACAAAAAGUAUCCCGAGUUUGCUUCAGAUACCCGUAAUUUGCGUCUUGGGAUUGUUGCUAAUGGAUUUAAUCCAUUUGGUGAUCUUACGGAAGCCCACAGUUGUUGGCCAAUGAUGCUCGUGGUUAAUAAUUUGCCCCCUCAGUUGUGUAUGCAAGGUGACAACAUAAUUCUGAGCAUGCUGAUUCCAGGAAAAAACAACCGGGCGUUAUUAAUGUGGACAAUAAACGAUUUCCCUGCAUAUGGUAAUUUAUCUGGAUGUACGUAUAAAGGGAAGGCAGCCUGUCCUCUUUGCGGUGAAAAUACACUUUCAAACUGGUUGGCAUUUAGUCGUAAAACUGUCUACUUGAAUCAUAGGAGAUUUCUUCGUCAUAAUCAUCCUCUUCGGCAGAAAAAAGACUGGUUUAAUGGAGAGAUUGAGAGGAAGGAAAAGCCACCUGUUAUGUCUGGUGCUACGGCACUUGAAUGUCAGAAUAGUAUUACAAAUGAUUUUGGGAAAGAGGAGAAGAACGAGGAGGAGAUAAGGAAAAAGAAAGAGCAAAAGAAGAAGAAUAAGGGCAAGAGUAGUGCGGCAGCAAGUGCAAAUGUGGGUAAUUCUAAAUGUGGGAAGCGGAAAAGGGAUGUUGUUGCUGAUGCGGCUAUUUCUGGUGCAAGUGAUGAUGAAACUGAACUUCGGGUGUUUAACAAACGGUCAAUAUUCUUCGACUUGCCUUACUAUAAGCAUGACAUUAUAAUAGAAUUAAUUACUUACCUAAGAUUCGACAGCAUGACAUUAUAA